AUGGUGAGUAAUGACCUGGAGGCGGGUGAAUCAAGUCACAGCCUGCUAGCCAAAGUCCUCAUCAACACCGUAGACAUAAUCAACAUCACUUCCCUCGUCGUAGUCGCCGUCGGCCGCAUCAUCAUCCGAAAGGCCAUCCCCUUUGCCCAAAGGCAAGCCAUCGCGGCAAAGGAGACCACUGCUCUGAGCCACCGAGACCCGAGAAACUCCCAGGAACGCCAUUAA